AUGUGUGGGCGGGUUGGUCAUUGGCCGGCGGUUUGUGAGUUUGGGUCUCCGGUGGUGGAGGGAACGAAGCCGGCGGAGACUGAAACAGGGCCUGAGAAGGCGAGCAAGGGGAAAGCUGUGACGGAGGAUUCCAGGCAAGCCGUGGGAGGGGGAGAUCGGCCCCGGGAGGGGGGUGCAUUCGGACCGUGGCUUGUGACUAAUCGGAUAGGGACGACCUCGUCGGCGUUCAGGAAGAAGGAGAAGUCCGGUCCGGGUGCCAGGAAGGGGAUGACGCCUGCGUCGCCCGGCCCUGGUCCGAGCAGGACGGAGGAAGGGUCGACAUCGACACUCUCUCCGAUUGAUCUGGAAGGGUGGCAGAAGCCGACCAAGGUGGCUCGCCGGAGGACGCCGGAGAAGGAUGUAUCGGAGGCGGGAGCGAGUUUGCUGGUGGGUGAACCGAGUAGACCCGGAACGGGCACUGGAUCAGGAGCCGAGGUGACUCAGGGCGUGGACCGGGCGAUGCCGAGUCUGGGCCGGUUAGAAGUGCGGCCCAAGUCCAGCGGGGGCCUUCGACCGAGCGGACCGGGAUCGAGUCCGCUGAAACGGUUCAGAAGCCCGCCCAGGUUUGAACCGGCUGUGGACCGCUUCGUGGGGGUUUCUUCGACUCAAGCUGGGGGGAAGGAGCCGGCCCGAGCGAAGGCGCGGCGGCCGGCGGCUGGUUUUCGCGGGAGGAGCAGGAGUUCACCUCCGCCUUUAGCACCGGUGCGAGGCCGUCCUCCCAUGGUGAACGAGCAUCCCACGGGGGUUGAAGGCGAUCAGCGGUGUGAGCUAGCCGCGAGCACGGGAAGCCAACUGCUCCGGUCGUCGGUGGAGGUGGGCUUGCCGGAGCUCGGCAGUGUGCUGGCGCCUGAGUUGCAACCGGGGGAGACGCUGGCGGGGCAGGCCAGUGGAGAGGACGGCAACGGUGGUGACUUAGAACAGGGAGAGGGGUCGGCUGUGAAGUCGAUUGGCAAUGAGCUGCAGGUGCUACAGGCGUGCCAAAUGGCACAGGGGAGCAGUGCAUGUGACUCAGUGAUAAGGAAGAUCGGUGUCAAUGGGACGGGGGAGGAUUCCUCAUGCUGUGGUGGGGAUCGGGUUGAGCAUGGCACGGGCACAUCGGUGAGUGCGUGCCAUACGGCACAAGUGAAUAGUGGUGGUCAGCACCUUCAAGUUUUGCUUCAAUUAAUGGCCUCGGCAAAGGGAGUUAGGCCUAAUUCUCUUGGAGGUGCAGGUUGUAUGGAAGUGGAUGCAGGGGAAAGUAACAGCUCCGGAGGUGUGGGCUGUGUGGGAUUGAAGGGUGAUUUAUGA